CGAAAGUAUAAUAAACUCGAAAAAGAAAACACAUCAAAUAAAGAAAACCAGAAUUUAAGCAGAAACAACUAUGAGGAAUCAAAUAAAGGCAAGGAAGAGAGAAUCCAAAACCUAGCUGAAGCUAAA